UCGUAAAAUUUUCUUUCAAGAAUGAGCAAAACAGCAUGUAAGAAAUUGAGUAAAUGAGAGAAUUAUAGCACUCAAAUGCUAUAAAAGAGAUCAAUCCGCACAGCUUUAAAAGCUUUACUUCAUACAAAAAAUGUUAAAAUUAAAGUAUUUUUAUUGUUAUAUUGUGCUUUGAAGAGAACUCCAGAGAGCGGCUCGAAAUGUCUUGAAUUGGUAAAAAUUUUCAUGAUUUUCAUGAUUCACAGUCAGUACGUUUUAACAUUUUGUCGGUAACGGUUUGGAGAAAUUUGGCUAGCGGGACUUUAAAAUUGAUUUUUUUGUUCCUUGUGAAAGAAAUGAAAUUAUAAUAAAAAUAAUAAAGUUAAAAGUGAAAUUUAAUUAAAAACAAAUAAAAAAGACAAAAAAAAUAAUGAGAUUAAUAAUAAUAACAAUUGUGUUUUUAAUUUAUCAAGCAUCCCACGGAUUACCACAUGAGCCUAAAAAUUAUGAUGAUCAUGAAGACAGUGAUAUGUGGAUGGAAGCUGAUGAAUUGCCGCCACCUGAAUACAGUGUAGUCAGAUCUGAAUCGCGUGUCGUACGUCAAUAUUCAUCAUCACCAAGUCAAGACAGGGCAAAAGUCGAUACAUCAGUCUCGCGAGUUGAACAUUAUGAGCCGCAAGUUGUUAUCCAAUCAUCAUCAUCUGAUCCACAUAAUCCAACUGCUGCUGAGCAGACAUUCUUUCCAUUUCUUGCUAACAUACCUUCAAUUAGACCAUUCCAAAUUUCUUCAUCAUUAGCGGCAUCAAUUGCAAAUAGAUAUAAUCCACCUAGUCGUUUAGGCGUCUUUGAUCAAUCAAUCUUAGGUUCGGGUGAUUUUACAGUCAUGCGAGGUGGAACUUUCUAUCCUGAUGAUGAAGAUCCUAGUAAGAGAUAUCAAGCAAAAAGUGAUCAAUUUUACACACCCAAUUACGAUGGCAAACCAGUUGCAGAAGCAUUGACAGGCAAAAAAGAGCCUUACUAUCCAGAAGAUCCAUUUGAAAAUUUUAAAGAUUUUGCUGACAUGACAUCUGGAAGUGAUCCAGCCUUUUCACAUUAUGUUGUAAUAUAUGCUAAUAAAAAUUCUACAAAACCUCACCCCUCACAUCCAAGUCCGAAGAAUAUAUUCGAGCAACUACAAAUGAUUGAUAGAGAGAAAUUAAGAGAGAAGCAAGAAGUCGAGGAUAAAUCAGAUGAGAAGAUAAGUGAUAAGAAACUAAUGAAAUUAAGCAAAUACAAAAAUAAACUCUCAAAAACCAAAAUUGUGAAAAAGUACAAGAAGAAAUUGGGACCAAAAGUAGAUCAACAACCAUCACCUGAUUAUACAGAUCCACUUCUUGCUACAAGUUAGGAAACUUGAUGCAAACGAGAUAGAAUAUUGGAAAAAAUGGAAAUUUUUUUCCAAACAAAGUUCCUAGUCUCCAAUUAAGGAUGACGCUUAAAAAUUGCAAAAUUUUUUAUUUCACUCUUCUUAUAUGAAAGCAGUUACAUUCAUUGCCAUAACUCAAAAACUUGACAAAAAAAAAUCACAAAAAAAAACCUUUAAAUAUUUCAAAAGAUACUUCAUGACAAAAAUAAGUAGUAGCAAGUGGAAUUUACUGAGAAUUAAUAAGUGUGAUGAUACGAACAACAAAAAAAUAGACACUACAGCAUUUUCAACACAAAAUUUAUUAGAGAAUAUUAAGGAGUUAACAACGUACAUUAUAAAUCAAUCAAUUAAGCAUGAACAUCAGUGUAAAUAAAGUGUAAAAUAGCGAA